AUGACUCACACAGACUCCACGUACUUCCCAUAUAGAGAGAAAACUGUGUCUGACACUGGGGAAAUGGAAUGCGCGCUGCCCGCAGCUCCCGCCCCCGCCUCGGAUUCCCGGCGCGCGCGUAGCCUUCCCUCAGGCCGCCGAGGCGGCGCCCGCCCGCCCGCGCUUCCAUCCGGGUUCUCGCGCGCUGCUCUCUCCCGGGCGCGGCGGUGGAGGGCCACGGUGGGGGGAAAGCCAGACCAUUUCCCGUGGCGGCAGCGGGACGCCUUUAUCCGCGAGCUUGAGGUGGGUACUGCGGGCGUGAAGGCGAGCGCGGGGACGUCGCCAUUUUUCCCUCCUCCAGACUCAGCGGCGGCGGCAGCGGGCGACCAGGAGGGAAGACUUGGGGGCUGCCGCGCCGCACCCUGGGACCCGUGGGAUGGCCUGGGCGCCUCGGGCAGGCGGGUGGCCCCGGGGCCGGUGGCCCACGGAUGCCGUGGGCCUUGGGGCUCGGGCGGGGGAGGGGUGCCGCGUGGCCGCUGGCCUGCCCCAGCCCCCUCCGCUUCCCGCCCAGCUCCUCGGCGACCGGGCGGGGGAGGGGGGUCAUUCUUCACAUUCCUCACCUCGCCCCUCCCCCGCCGCUUCAAUCAAACUUGCGGCGGACGGAAGUCCCGCCCUCUGGCUCGCGCCGGUUGGUCGGGGCUACCUCCCCGCUGUGGCGUGACUGGCUGCGGACGUAGCCGGGCCUCUAUGACGUCACUUCCGCCGUCAGGUUUGUGGGCCGGGGAGACCUUGGCUUUGGUUGGGGGGGGUGGGAUGGAGGAAGGUAGGAAGUGCGGGGGGCGGGGAGGGACGGGGCGGGGCGGGAAGGCGCUGGCAGGGAGGGAACGGAGAGCCAACGCUGGCUGCUUGCCCCUGCUCCGCUCGGCCAACUGCGGCCUGAGGGCCUGGAGCAGCUGCUGGGGCUGGAGGAUCGCUGCGGCUGCCCGUCCUUGGCCAGGGGGAGGGGAGCGCGAGAGCGGGAGGAAACUGUAUCCCAGGGGAUGGGGUAGGAGAUUUGCAGCUCGGUGGCACCGGAAACGAGACUGGCCUUUUGACUGGGGAGGCUGCAAACUCUUGGAAGCGGGUGGCCUCUCGGAGGCCGGCUAAGAAAACUUAUCUCUCGGCGCGCUCUUUAGCGGAGGCAGGGUGGUAACCUUUAUGCCCUUGGCCAGGACUGCCCUUCGGUGAUCCCGCUUGUUAGUGCAGGGUCUGUGUCAGAAGUGAUCGUCUGUGUUGUAGUUUUCAACUUUUUGUGUUAAAAGGAUAAUUAUGAAAGGACAAGGGGGGGCGGAGAAAAACUUUAGAAACUUAGUUAAAAUGGAAGACGAUGACAGAUUGCUUUUUUAACUGUUGAAAAAUAUUGGCAACCUGUUUUUGAAGUUUAAAACAUUAGUGUUCUUGUUUUUGAUUGCCUGAUAAUCUUGUGAAGAAAAUUGAACAAGUAAACAAUCUUUUUAUAAGAAAAGUUAGUUUAGCCGGGCACGCCUUUAAUCCCAGCACUUGGGAGGCAGAGGCAGGCGGAUAUCUGAGUUCUAGGCUAGCCUGGUCUACAAAGUGAGUAUCAGGACAGCCAGGGCUACACAGAGAAACCCUGUCUCGAAAAAAGCCAAAAAAAGAAAAGUUAGUUUAAUACAGAUUUUUCAGCAUUCUGGCCUUUCAUUAGGUUCUGUCAGUUGAAGCAGUAAUAUUUGGGAAAUUUGAAAUUGUUAGUGUAACAAAAAUACUAGUUGGAAAUGUAAGAACUUUAAUUAGAGAAUAGAAAUCUUCCAAAUUAAGUCGGGUCUAAAAAGUGUUAUCAAAAUUGUGUAGAUGGGGCGUGCAUUUUACCCUAUGGGUAAUUUUAUUGUAGAAAUUGAUAGUUUUGUAGACUUGAAGCAAGCUGUGCCCUCCCCCACUAUAAAUUGAAGUUGUGCUGAUUUGAGACUUAGUAAUUUUUCAAGCUGGAAAGGUAGAGGAAUGCAAAACAUGUGGCUAUAAAGAAGGUGUUGGCACACAAGUUUAAUCCCAGCACUCAGGAGGCAGAGGCAGGUGGAUCUCAAGAGUUUUGAGGGCAGCCUGAUCUACAGAGCAAGUUCCAGGACAGCCAGGACUGCACAGAUAAAACCUGUUUCAAAAACAAACAAACAACAAAAAAAAGUACUUCAGUUCACAGAGUGAAGUAUUAAAACAAAUGGUCCUGCUGGAGUUGUUGCUCAGUGAUAGAAAGCUUGUCAGACAUGCCUGAAUUGGUGGGUUGAGUUUCCAGUACUAAUAAAAUAAAUGCUCAUAAUAAUUUAAUGUUAGUAAGUCUCAUUUAGAUUUCUUGAGGGUCCUGGGAAAUGUCCCUAGUAAACCUCCUCCAGAACUAAGGAAACUAAUUGGUUUAGAGAAUAGCAUCCUAAAUAUCAAGUUCCUUUUAUUUCAGUAACUAAUGUUACAGAACCAGUGUGAGUUGGUGACAAUUGUGCAGAUAGAUAAGUGGUUGAAGGCACUUAGCAUCAUACCUGACAGUGACCCAAGUUUGAAUCCUUGGGACUCACCCACAUGGUGGGAGGAGAGAACUGACUCCAAGUUAUCCUUCGAUGUCCACAUUUGUGCAGACAUAAUACAAAAUAAUUAAAAAAAAGAAGCCUUUUUAAAAAUACUACAAAGCCAGAGCUGGAGGUGUAGCUCACUCAGUUGAUAAAGAGUACUUGCCAGCCAUGCCUCAAGCCCUGGGUUCCAUCUCCAGUUCCUGCCUGCAAUCCCUGCACUGUUAGAGGUUAUCCUCAGCUAUGUAGAAGGUUCCAGGCCAUCCUGAGCUGUAUAAGACCCUGUUUCAAAUAAAGGAGGCUAGAUGGAAGCACCACCAAUGAAUGUUCCAAAUAAUGUAUCCUGAAUCACUUAGUAUGUGGUGAUCAGAAACUUUUAGGAAGAUUUAAAAUACGAAAUAAUGUGCUACAUCAGCUAUAUCUGUUAGUUUUCCUGCAAAGUACCAUUUUGUGAGUGGCAGAAAUGGUUAAUGUCCUCCUGAAGAGCACAUUUCCUCUCUUACACUGAUCUCCAAGGAAUAAUAGAAACAGCUCUAUAGUCAUAUUUGGUGAAAUGUGUAAAACACUGCUCCCCUCUCCCAUUUAAGUGUGUAUAAGUUGGGAAGUAUAUUUUGGCACUCAAGGCUAGCAGUAUUUCAAAACUUUGAAUGUCUUUAGAAACUUAUACUAUAAAGACUAUUUUUACUAAUUGUCAAUGUUUUUUUUUUCAUGUUUUCUCAGGACUAAAGUAAUGGGGGUAAAGGUGGCACCUUACAUGGUCCUUGAGUUUUGUGGGUGUUCUGUGCAUUAUGUAAUCAAUUAAGAGUAGAUUGCAUUAACUAGAUAUAAUGAUUUUGCCUUUUUGGUACCUAGUGAAAUCUAGAGUAUUUUACAUUACAGCAGGAGUAUAUUUUAGUUACAGUGUGUACCAUUUUGAGAUAUUCAGUUUCAGUGUUGGUAAUUGUUUCUUAAUGAAUAAUGCAACUGUGAUGCAUUAUUUAGCUACUUUUCAAAAAUUCAUAUUUGCUACCUGGAUAUGUUUGUCUUAAAGAUAGACAAAACUUUUCUGGUUUUCCAGCUUUAUCUCACAAAAGACCUUUCCUAGAUACAAGAUAGAUUUAAAUUCUCUUAAGACAGCUGAAAGGUACUUUUGUUACUUUAGGAAUAUUUUGAGACAUUUUAGAUAAUUUGUUUUAAAUUGAUAUGUGUAGUGGAUAUGGUUAAGGAGCAUUUUGUUUAACUAGUUACCCAGUUCUAUUUCUCCUGAUAAGAUGAAGGUACCUUGAAAUCCUGGGAAGGGCUGACAUCAUCUUAACUCAUUCCCCAUACCUUUUUUUUGAAAAAAUAAUAAAUCUGUUUUUGCUCUACGCAUCCGUAGCUUGCAUGGAACUCAGAUUUUUUUUUUUUUCUGCCUCUGCUUCCCAAGUGUUUCGAUUAAAGGCAUGUGUCACUGUGCCAGGCCCCAUAUCUUGUUUUCUUUUGGCAUAUGUGAUUGACAAAUGCCUAGAAAGGAACUUAGGUUGAUUUGCCUGUUAAGAAUAGUUAAUUUUAGCAGGUUGUGCAAUCUAUAUUAAAUAACUAGAUCUAGGUUAAAGGUUAUGGGCUGUUCAGGGCUUUUGAGUGUAGAGAAAGAAGGUAGGAGAUUUUAGAGUCGAGAAAAAAAAUCUAUGUAGGAUGAUAAAUAGAACAAGUCACCCAGGUUGGACCUCACUACCUUUCCCAAAAAUGUUUCCACAUAAUUUAGGCUUAGAGAAGAGUGUAUUUAGGUAUGUGGGGAUAGCAUAGAGCUUACAUAGUCUCAUAAUAUUCCAAUUUACAGUGGAAAACUUAAAAAGGAGCAUUGAAGACUGUCUUGGCAUUGAUUACUUUUUAAACAGUUUUCAGAAUUUAAUUAUCUAUGCUGACUUAAUAAAAAGAGUGUCUUGAGUGUCUGCCAUAUGCCUGAGAAAGGAAAUGGUCCUUUUGGGAACUGUGACCUAGUAAAUACUUUGCUAUUUAAAACUUAACAUGGACCUCAGGAUUAGUUCAAUGUAUUUAAUAAAUGGGGUGAUAGAGAUCUUGAAAUUGGGUUAAGUUUGAUUAAAGAAACAGGAAUCUAGAAAAUGUCAUCUUCCAUCAAUUGCUCAUAAACUUACUUACCAUUGCUAGAAAUACUGAAAGUGCUUUAUCAAAGAAAAGCAAAAAUACCAUAGAAGAGUUUGUUGAGCAAGCAUAAGCAUCAACAGUUUGUUCAUAUUCACUUGAAUAUUUGAGAGAGAGACAUAGUAUUCUAAUUUUGAAUUGUGUAUAAUAAGCAAGUGAAAUUGAAGGUCAGACUAGAGGAAACAUUUUUAUUUUACUCAUUAGAAAGUUGGACCCAAGUGAAUUUUUUUUUUAAGAAAAAAGUAGCACUCUGAGCUACUCUAUCAAAACCCUAAUGUUACAAAGUCACUUCUGACCUCCAGCAAGUGUUACAUAGUUGCCAGUUGUCUUAAUUUCUAAAUGCUGUUAGAUUGGUUUUCUGGUCUUUAUCUAACCUUGUUUUCACUAUAGAUUUUAGUUUCCAGUGUUUACCCUAAUCAAGCUCUAUAUAGCAGACCAGGAGCAGUUAUUACUAAAAAUCAGUUUGUGAAUAUAAUAUUCAGGAGUUGAAGGUUAGUAUUAAUUUGUGAACAACAUUAUCUUUUAUAUUAAUAUCAGGCAAGCAUAGAGAAGGGUAGAAGAGUUUAGCAUUAUAGAUACUGAUUAUAAAUACUGAGUGUGGUGGCUCAUGCAUCUGCCAAUAAUCUCAGCACUGGAAAUCUGGAGCAAGAGGGCUGUUGUUGAAUUUUGGGCCUGGGCUGGGUUGAUGUCUCACACACAAACCAAAAAAUACUAAGAAGAAUCUCUUGUUGGGUUGGAAGAGGUGAAAGUGAUUCUGUGUAGAUUUCUGUCCCCCUUGUUUCAACAUAACUUAAAAAAAUACCUUGUAACUUUUUAAAAUAACUUUUUUAGGUUUUAUGUAAGUGUUUCACACACAUGUAUGUCUGUGUGGCACAGAGGUCAAGAGGGCAUUCAGUCCCCUGAAACUGGUGUAAUGAAUGGUUGUGAGCCUCUUUGGAUGCUGAGAAUUGAACCUGGUUUCUCUGCAAGAAAGUAGUAGUGCCUGUAACUGCCGAGCCAUCUCUCCAUCCUGGGAAUUGUGUUACAAGCUCUUGUCUUGAAUUAUUCCAUUGGCCUGAAGAAACAGUGUUAAAGCAAGCAUGUUACACUCAUCAAGAUUGAAAAAUCUUGUAUUUUAGGACUGAGUAUUUCUCAGGGCCAGAACACUUGCUUAGCAUGUAUGAAGUUCUGGGUUGCCUUUUAGCACCAUUUAUAUAGGCACACUCCUUGAAAGAUUAUAACAUGUUUAAAUUUGUUGUGCAAUGUUAGGGGUUAAAACUCAGGGUCAAUAUGCUAGGCAAGCAUCUAUCAUUGAACCACACCCCCAGCCCCAAGCAUGCUUUAAAUGAGGAAGUUGGAUUGAGGUUGGUAUUAAACUUAAAACAGAGAGCAGUCUUAAAUCGUGGGGAUUAUAUUUUAUGGAGGUUUGGCAUUUUAAAAAAAGAUUUAUAUGUAUGCAUAUGUGUGCACACAAUCAAGAUGGAUGUCCUCUUUUGUCCUCCAGUUCCCUGUAGCAGGAGUUAGAGGUGGUUGUAAGUCAAUGGGUGCAUUCCUCCGGAAGAGCAGCAAAUGAUCUUCAACACUUAGCCAUUUUUCCAGCCCUGGGUUUGGCUUUUCUAGAGACUAAUUAUAAAUGUGUAUCUUGGCAUUGUAGAAUUGAAAUGCGGUCUGGAGAAGUCUGUUGGUAGUCCUGAGCUAUUUGCUCCAAUUUGGGGCAAGCUCUUAAACUUAUUAUGAUCUUUUACUUAAAAGUAUGAACUUUUACUUAAAACGAUGGAGGUUUGGUUUGGUAGUAAAUAAUUGCUUCUUUUCAGAGAUCGUUUUGUUCAUUGUGUUAAUAUUAAAACUGAGAGGCUAGAAAGGCUAAAUUGUAUGAGGGUUCAGUUUGAAGUGAAUGAUUAGAAUUUGAGACAUGUCUUCUAUAUAACUUUCAAAUAAUGCUUCUCUGAACAUUUGUGUAUAGAAUUUUUGUGUUCAUUUUUCUAGUGUAUAUAUAUAUAUGCUUAGGAAAGUUGCUAGAUCUUACGGUAAACUUUUUUACUCAUUAAAAAGCAGUUCUGACCAUCUUGGCAUUGUUAACACCAACAGCUAAUUUUCUAACUCUGAACACCAGUUGUGGUCAGCAUAGAUGCCAUAGAAUGCCUGUCCUACUUCAGAAGCUAUUGGAGUGUUAGGAUGCCACCUGAAUUUAAAUUUAGUGGCUAUAAAUUCACAGGCUUCCCAUAACUCAACUUCCUAGGCUCAGUAAUUUGCUAGAAUGGUUCCUAGAACUCAGGAAAAGGUACCUUAUAAAACCAUCACUGGUUUAUUUUAAAAGAUAUGUAUAGUGAGGCCCAGAAUGUUUCUUAACAGGAGCCUUUUCGUCCUGGUGGUCAGAAGCCAAUCUUGCAUGAGGAUGUUUCUAGAUUGAAACUUUCUGAAAUCUUUUAAGAAUGUUCAUUACUUAGAGGCAGGAUUGGUUUACAUCACUGGCCAUUCUGUGAUUGAGAAGUGAGGCUGAAAGUUCUAACUCUGUAAGGCCUUACUUUUCCUGGUAAUCAGCCCCCAACCUGAAACUGGGCCUCUGGGCACGGGGGAUUUAGAUAUACUAUUUCAGGAUCACUAACUUGAGUCCAAUACUAACUUAAACUUGUAUUUGAUGAUGGCUCAAAUUCUUAGUGAAUUAUUAAACUUAAAAGUAGCUUUGCCUUUUCACUAUUCUCAACAACAGUCUAUGAGAUUCUAGUUUGUGUACAUCCUUGCUAGAGCUUACUAAUAUCUUAGAAAUGUUUGUGUGUGGUAGUCAGAGGAUGACUUGUGAAAAUCAGCUCUCCUCACCAUGUGGAUCCUGAAGAUUGAAUUUACGUCUUUCAGGCUUGGCGAUAGGCAACCUUAUUCCCUGAAUAUAUAUCUCUAGUCCUCAUUACCUUUUUUGAUGGAUAGCUUUAAUGGAUGUGUGUUGUCCUGUUUUGGAUAGGUAUAUUCAUAAUGACUAAAGAAUGAUAAUUUAGAUCUUUCCUGUACUUAUUGGGUAUUUGUGUUUAUGAGCCAUAUCGUCUCUGCUUCUAGAUCAGUAGCUGUCUCAGCUCUGGUAAAUACCUCUUGCCUGGUUUUUGUUUUUUGAGAUUGGGUUUUAAUUUUGUAGCUUGGUUUGGCCUCAAAUUUACAGCAGUCCUCUUGUCCCAACCUCCCUGGUGCUCUUAAUGAAAAUCUGUUGACCUUGAAUAUGGCUUUAUUUUUUGAACUGUAACUUACAUGACAUUGAAUCAAUAUGUUCUUGCUUAUCUUUGUAAUCUUUACUAUUAGGUCACUACAUAAUUCAUUUGUCUCAUGAACAUCUUUUCCUACUCUUUGAUAAUUUCACGUAUAUUUAAUGUGCCCAUAAUUUUGGCUACGAUAUCACACACCAGCUAUAAACUUUCAUUUGGUCAUUUCAUACUGGUACUCUGGGAACUAGGUUUUUGGAUUGGGGACAUUUAAGCUUCAGUAUUAGACAGUGGUAAGAAUGUAAUUUCUAGAUCUUAUAACAUAUUGAAUUAGAGGCUUAUAGCCCAGGUGUAUCAUAUAAUACAAUGAAACUACAAUAUAGGUCAUAUAUGUAACUGUUCAGUUAAACUUCAUGUUCAAGUUAAAGUAGUGAAAAUCUAAUAUUUUCUUUUCCCUCAUUACACAGGAAACCGGAAUUACAAAGGAGAACGGCUUCCUGUGAUGCUCAGCUGUGAUUACUUUCAACAUUCACCCUGGAUGUUCUCUUCACUGUGGGAUGAGGUAGUAGGUUGUAUAGUUUUAGGGUCACACCCACCACUGGGAGAUAACUAUACAAUCUACUGUCUUUCCUAAGGUGAUGGAAAAGUCUGCAUUCAUGGGGUCUCAUAGGAAACCAAGAACAAACUGCAGUGUUUUAAAGUAUAUCUUGCCUUAAAAGCAUUUGCUUAUGCUAUGCAUGCUUUUUAAUUUAACAAGUAGAUGAUGGGAAUGGGCAAGUUUUUACUUACUUUGCAUUCUGUGUCAAUGUAAAUGAAGAUUUAAUUUUGAUUGAUGAUGAUGAUUUAAUGUUAACCUUUCUUGAAAGAGACUGAUGCUUAUUCCAGAAGAAAAACUUGCUCUAUCAGAGUGAGGUAGUAGAUUGUAUAGUUGUGGGGUAGUGAUUUUACCCUGUUUAGGAGAUAACUAUACAAUCUAUUGCCUUCCCUGAGGAGUAGACUUGCUGCAUUGUUUUUAUCUAGAGGAUAUUAUAAAACAUAGGUGAAUUCUGACCUUUUGUUUUAUUUUACAGUUCAUUUCCUCAGUGCAAUAAACAUUGUUAUAACAUUUUUAGUGUUCAUGUUUAAAGAAAUUUGGACAAAUAUCUGAAUGAGAAAAGUAAGUAUCUAGGACCAGGCCUUUUGGGAUUAUUAAUAGAUGUAUAGUUUUAUAUUUCUGUUACACAUGCCCAGAGAAAGAUGUCACAGGUAAAUGGGCAUACCAACUGGAAGGGUACUGCUGGACUAAAUUGAAAUCUGGUUAUUUUAUUAUCAUACUUAAAAUGCUCUGAGUAUUAAUAUUACUUCACUGGUAUAUUGAUUUGGACAGACACAGGAAAGAGGGGCUCUGGCUUCUGUCUUAGUUCUCCUAAGGCCUCAAUUUUACCCACAAGACAAAGGAGUCACCCAAAACUCGGUUUGACAAAGCCCAUAAUUGGUAGCUUUAAAGAAAAUAUGAGAGGGGUAUUUUAAAAGGUGACUUGAAUGUUAGCAGUGUUGAUGGGCUCAUGUUUCAGCUUUUUCUAGUGCUCAAACUAUCUGUUGGACCUUCUAAGCAAGGCCAAAAGCUCUAGGUUUUAACUGUUUGCUGUAGUAAAGAGAGGGGGAAAGGCAAAACGUGGAAGCAAGGGCAGUUAUAUCUAACUAUAGUUCAGUGCAUUGGUAUAGUCAGUAUGAUCUUUUCAUGAAUAAAACUCCUUUGGAUAAGCUCAGGUCAAGUGAUAUAUCCUGAACCAAAUGUAAACUUUUUAUUUAAUAAUCUUGUGUAGGUGGACACUUUGGAAAAUUUGGUGUUUGUUACAUACAAAACAUUGACCACAUAGAGGAACAGGUGGGGAAUAUAUACGUCUUAUUUAAUGCCAAAGAAAAGGAGAAAUGUUUAAGAUUCUUUUUGGCUUAAUCUUUUUGCUUUUUGGCUUUUUCUUAAGUUGACUGCAUAACCUACCUGUUGAAUGUAUUGCAAGUAGCCAAGGAAUUUUGUGACCCCUUAUUCCUCCAGCAUGGCUAUCUACCAGUUUGCAGUUUUGUAACAUCCUUUACUGAGGCCUGGGGAUGAUUAUUUAUAUUUUAGUUAUGAAUUGCAUGAGGACUAACAUCCUUAUUAUACCAAAUAGAUGGAAUUUGUAGAACUGGUGUAUUUUGUAAAACCACUGAAGUGACUAUGCAAAGUGAUAGAAUCACUUAAAACUGGUCUUUGCCAGUGGUAAAAGUCAUGACCUGAAUUUGCUUCUGUUUUAAUUCAGGCAUCAAAAAUUGAAAUAAUGGAGAUGCUAGUUAUAAGUGAGAAGUAUGUGGCCAGUAAAUGGCAAAAGCUUUAGGCUCAUUUGUUUGACUUGAUAAGUAAUUUUCUGGUUACCAAGAGGCCAUUUUAUGAGAGUUGAUAUUUGAAGUUUUGAUAAUUGUUUUAAAUAAAAUAUACAGUGGGCUGAGUGUUAGAGAUUGUUGGUUUCUUUUUUAAUCCUCUGAUUAAAUUGGAUUAAUUUUUAACAUAACCUAAAAAUUUGAUUUUUUAAUCGAUUGCAAUUUUUUUGGCUUUUGCCAAGAUCACGUGACCAAGAACUUUAAAGAAUAUCAAGGAAUUCUAAAUGGUUGAAUUUUAAAUAACUCAAAGGCCUGAUUUAACAGGUGUGUGAAGUGCAUCUGCCAAGUAGAAGACCAGCAAGAAUAAAAUGGGUUCCUAGGAAGAGGUAGUAGGUUGCAUAGUUUUAGGGCAGAGAUUUUGCCCACAAGGAGUUAACUAUACGACCUGCUGCCUUUCUUAGGGCCUUAUUAUACCAGCAUACGUUUCCUUUCUGCCUUGGGUUCGUGUAAGCAAGAGUUGUUCUUCAUGCAGUGGUUCUCGUAAGUGGGAACAUUGCAGGCCUUCUGAAGACAGUAUUUACAUUGAUGAUUAGUAAACAGCAUUGCACUACAUCAGUCAUCUAAUGAGACUUUGAAUUUUCCAAAGUAAAUCUUAGUUGCUAAUGUAUCUUACAUUGGGGUAACUGGGAAGUUUUGGAAAGCAGUUUUCAUAUUCAUCUUUUACUUAAUUUUCCUUUUGUGACAUGGGGAGGAACAUCAGCUAUUCCCAUAUUAUGUUUGAAAGAAAGCAUUCGGGAUAUUUAUUUGGCUUUAACAUUAUGUGAAAUUGAUGUGUUUUCUGAGGUGUGGGAGGUAAUUGUGUUAAGUGGCUCAGUACAGCAUGCAGCUUGACAAUACAAAUGACAAUGGUUGCUGGGAUAGUAGACUAACAUUUUCAAUAAAAAUAUGACAUACUUAAA